UCGGUAGGGGCAAUAUUUCUGCUUCUCUGCACUUUAAGCACCUCUUUGACCAUGGCCCAUCAGGGCAGGCGGUGAGCGCUUCCACUGCAAAAUCUAGACGGGCGCUAAACCCUUCUAAGCAAGAGGGGUGGCAGAUUCACAAAUUUUUGAAGAUUUCAGGCGCACAGCAUAAACACUUUGCAACUUCAUCGAGCUUGUGGCUUUUCGCAACGACAUUGCCAGCACAUAUUUCCAAGAUGCCCAAGACACCAAGUGCCCCUCAGGGAGGCAGACGCCACAACCCUCUCGAGGACGACAUCACCGCCAGCGGCCUCCUGCGCAACAAGCCCAGCAAGAGAAAGUCGAGAGACGUCGACGAGAGCGAGGCCAACUUUGUCGACUCUAAGGCCUCCAAGAACAUUCUGCGUAUUGGUCGAGAGCUUGCUGAGGAAGACAAUGCCGAGCGUGGUACCAACAUUAUCCCUGCGGCAACCAUUGACAACUUUGGCUACGGCUCUCGAUUCGACGAGGCUGAGGACGAGCACAAGACAUACGGCGACGAUGAGGCGUGGGGCGAUGACGACGAGGAGGUUGAAGAGGUCGAGGUUGACCCCGAGGAUCUCGAGACGUACCGCAAGUUUAUGCCCGACGAGGAGGCCGACGACUUGCUCAAGCAUGGCUGGGACCAGAAGCCCCACGGCGAUUACGAUGACGACGAGCCCGUCAACUUGGCCGACUUGAUCUUGCAAAAGAUUGCUGAUCACGAGGCCAUGCAGGGCCGCUCAGAGCCCAUGGAGGCUGUAGAUGAUUACGAGAUUCCCGAAAAGGUGGUCGAGGCUUACACAAAGAUCGGUGAGAUUCUCUCUCGAUACAAGUCUGGCCCUCUGCCAAAGCCCUUCAAGAUCCUUCCCACCAUCCCCCACUGGGAGGAAAUCCUGGACAUUACAAAGCCCGAAAAGUGGACGACAAACGCCUGCUACCAGGCCACCCGCAUCUUCGUCGCCUGCAAGCCCAUUGUCGUGCAGCGCUUCCUAGAAAUCGUCAUUCUCGAAAGAGUCCGUGAAGACAUUUACGAGAACAAGAAGCUCAACGUCCACCUCUUCAACUCUCUCAAAAAGGCUCUCUACAAGCCCUCGUCCUUCUUCAAGGGCUUCCUCUUCCCGCUCAUCGGCAGCGGCACCUGCACUCUGCGUGAGGCUCACAUCAUCUCCGCCGUUCUCGCCAGAGUCUCCAUUCCCGUCCUUCACUCCGCCGCUGCCAUCAAGGGUCUCUGCGACAUUGCCGCCCAGGAGGCUUCUCAGGGCAGCGAGGGCGGUGGCGCCACCAACAUCUUCAUCAAGACCUUGCUAGAGAAGAAGUACGCCCUUCCCUACCAGGCUAUUGACGCUGUCGUCUUCCACUUCCUUCGCUUCCGCAACGAGGACCCCAGCGUGACUGGCGGUGAUGAGGCCAUGGGCGGCGACGGCUUGGCUAGCAAGCUGCCCGUCAUCUGGCACCAGAGCCUGCUGGCUUUUGCCCAGCGCUACAAGGGCGAUAUUACUGAGGAUCAGCGUGAGGCGCUACUAGAUUUGCUUCUGUCGCAUGGCCAUUCUGCUAUUGGCCCCGAGGUCCGUCGCGAGCUGCUUGCCGGCCGUGGUCGUGGCGUUCCGUUGGAGCAGACCGCUGCUGCGUUUGACGGAGAUGAUACCAUGGUUAUUGACGCCUAAGGGCAUGCAUUCAGAACAAAAACGGUUAAUGAUAGUUACAUCGGCACGGCGAUUGGAUUUCUCUUGGGCUGAUACUUUUUGCUUUGUUAAAUAAAAAGUUGGUUUUUACAUAUUCUAAAGCGGUCGUCCCCGUUUGUACCUCCUUCCUUCCUUGUGUGUUUGGAGCACCAGCAACCUCUUUGUCUUCGUUUUCUCUGCAGAGAUUGUAGUGUAAAGUCUGUAUUUGUUUUGUAGCUUUUCCGUCUCCUAUUGUCCUAGAUUGUCUACACUCCGAAGCCAUAUUCAUCGCUCUUGUGGUAUUCUUUCAAACUCUUUGGCGACGUUUCCCUCAACCACAUCGCCCAUCAUUCUCUCUCUUCGGCAUACCUUGGUGACGGCAUCCUUUGUAUCUCUGUUCCGGUCCGCUGCAGAGAGUGCUAGCAUCAAAACGCCGUCUCUGAGGCGCCGCAACAUGACGAGUGCAGUCGCCCAGCUGCACUGGUCCCCUCCCUCAUCGGGCGAUUUGACGUAGAGUAGCUUCACGCAGCACAGCUUGCGUAUUGCUAAUAUCUAUAGUGGCUACUUUACUUUACCUACGCAAGGGUUGCCGACACCACCCAUAUUCUUUGUUAAUAUCGCUACGCCACCAGCCUCGGAGAUAAUAAACACGUCAAAGACGGCCACUUGGAGGUUAAAGGCCCAGGAGGGCCGCGCCAACAGUCCCUCCCCGGGCAUCAGUUCCUCAGGCACCCCUCAAUCAAUACCUGUAAUACCUGUAUCUACACCGGCUUCUCCCCAUGGCG